AUGGAUACGAAAGAUGUUCUGUUGCUGAAGCGGCUAACUCCAGAUCAACUCAUAGAACGAUUCUUACAGUUGAAGAACGUUUACGAUAAAGAAGCUAAGGAAUUUGAGGAGUAUAAAACGACGAGUCAAGAAAUGGAGCAAAUGAUGGAGCGGGAAAUCGAAUAUGCUCAACGUGAAGCGAAAUCAACGGCGGCGAAACUUCAUCAACUCAGACUUGAAGCCGAGAAGGCUCAGGUUACGCAGCUUCGCGCUGAACAGGACAGUAAUCGUGUGCGAAUUCGCGAAUUAGAGCAGAAAAAUGAUGACCUGGAAAGGCAUGAAAGGAAUAAUCAGCAAGAAGUAGCUGAUUUAGAGCGAAAGGUAAAUGAGAUGACUGAAAAACUCACAUUGUUGGAAAACGAACUGGCUGAGAAGCAAACUACUGCUGAGGAAAUGUACCGAUUGCGAGAAGAGAUGCGUGUACCUGAUCGACCUCUUCUGAUGGUUGGGCCACUUCGAGCAGAGCGAACAGAACAUACUCCGGAUGAGCCACCUUAUGGAUUUUAUAGCAAACACCAACGCACUACAUCAAUUGCUUCGUCCGUAGAAGCGAAUGAAAAAAGCAACGGUGUGUCGUAUGUAAAUGGACUAUGUAAGGACUCGGGCAAACAAAACUCGCAGGUUUUGCCUUCACUGUUACCAUCUUCGGGAACCGAUGGAAGGAGUUUUGCAAAUUGCGUCAACAGAAUUGUUAAGGAACUCAUGGUGAAAGUUGAUCGGCUUGAGAACAUUCUCACGGGCUCUAAUCUAUUCGGACUUGGUUGGAAUGAGUAUCCUACAAACAUCUACAACCGUUUUGAGAAAGAUGGAGGCCAACAGUCAGGUCUUCCUUACGAGACUCCCAGAUCCAGAGUCGAGCGCGAGACUUCUGGAGUUGUGGCUCAAAGUGAAUGA